GUUUCGAGGAGGUAAAAGUUCGUUGUGUUUGAUUCUGAGAUUAAUUACUUAAAUUUAAGCCUAAAGUUGUAGUUUGGCAAUUUUAUUUGUAAAACACCAAAAUAAAAUUAUACAUACAGAUUUAUACUAGAAAUAUACAAAAUGUCUGGAAUUGCAAUUGCUCGAUUAGCUGAAGAAAGAAAAGCUUGGCGAAAAGAUCAUCCUUUUGGAUUUGUGGCAAGACCAACAAAGAAUAAUGAUGGAACACUCAAUCUUAUGAAUUGGGAAUGUGCAAUUCCUGGGAAGAAAGCUACUCCUUGGGAAGGUGGACUAUAUAGACUAAGAAUGAUUUUCAAGGAAGACUAUCCUUCAACGCCUCCAAAAUGUAAAUUUGAGCCACCAUUGUUUCAUCCAAAUGUCUAUCCUUCUGGAACUGUUUGUUUAUCAUUAUUGGAUGAAGAGAAAGAUUGGAGACCAGCCAUUACAAUUAAACAGAUACUGCUUGGAAUACAAGAUCUUUUGAAUGAACCAAAUAUUAAAGAUCCUGCCCAGGCAGAAGCAUAUACUAUAUAUUGUCAGAAUCGAUUGGAAUAUGAGAAAAGAGUGAGAGCUCAAGCCAAAGCUAUGGCACCACAGGAAUAAUUUCUUUAGUUAAGUACUGGACCUUCCCCAUAAGCAUUAGUGUGUUGAACUGUAUCAGAACAAUUAUAUUUAAUAAAAGCUUUAAAACAGCAUUGGUGAUGAAAGACAAGACAAACAUUUUGCAGCAAUGGAUGAGAGAAUUGAGUUUAUGCAAUUUAAGAUAAGAAACUUUCAGAACUUACAAAAAACUGCUUCCCUUCAGAUUUGGUUUUGAGAUAUUCCUGCACAUUUCUAAACCAUCAUAUCUCAUUUGUCUGAUAGAAUGUUUGCAGUCUGUAGUAAAUCAUGUUGCUGACAUCCACUACUGUUCAUCGGUGUUAUUUUUUACAGUGCUUUUAUGAUUUGUCAUCAAAACUGGUGUCUUUUAAACUAUAUAUUCAUUUCUAAAUUCUCAAUUGUAAAUAAAGGUGUCUUGGUCAAGUUAUUCAUUUGUGUUGUAAACAGUUUUUGGAAGAUUAAAAUGACAUUAGUAUAUCA